CGACCGUAAAACAAUAUCAACGUAUGUGAAUCAUGUUUUUUUACUGCAAAUUAAUAUGCUUCGAUAAUUUAUUACAUACAAGGAAAAGCAGAAGACUAUUAGUUGCAUCUACUAGACUUCUACUUAAUAUUUUAUCCACUGCUUCUACUCGGUUUUGUUCUCUCGACUUUCAAGAUCAAGAUGGCGCCUGCUUCCAAAAAAGGAAAUGGAGAAGCACAAGCUUCCUCCAAGAUUUUCCAGCGUAAUCUACUUCACCUGCGAACGGAACAACUUCUGGACAGGCUCAAAGUAGACGCAGACGGAACAGUUGAAACCACACUGCGCAACAUCUACGGACACAUCAAAGGGGCCCCCGAGGCUGUUGGAGGCGACAAUGGAAAGGAGGGAACUUGUACUAAGAACGGUAAAAAAGGAGCUGCUGUACACCCAGCACUAUCUCUCUCAGCGAAAGAUGCAGUAGCACGAGCAGGACAUACUGAAUUGCGGCUUUUUAACUACAGUCCGGCAUCUUCGCCAUCUUCAGCUGUUUUUGUCCCACCAACGCGGAUUGAGGUUGUUGGCUCUUUCCUCUUGAAAACGAUGACGACGCGCACCGUAGAUCUCGCAGUGUACAUGCCGGAUAGCAUGUUUCAAGCGAAAGAUCACGUCAACUACAAAUAUGGUACUUGGACUUCCUUGUGUUGGUUGUAGUUACUCCUUGCUGUUCAAUGACGAAUACUAGCCUCCAGCUUCUUUUCGAUUCACUUGCAGGUGAUCCACCUGGUCAGCUUUAUAUCCUCUUGUUUAAGUCACAGUCAGCUAAGUAUUUUUUACAAUGUACACUUAAAGCUAUUAUUGCUUAUAUACUUUUCCAACACAACCUACGACAGCCGACAAGCGCACCGCAUAUACUGCUGUGUUGAGUGAGCAUUUGCGCCAAAAGGGUUUCAAAUGCGAUGUAGAGUUCAUCGAUGGAAAUGCGUUUAGGCCUGCUUUGGUGUACAACGUUGCUAGAAAUGCUGGCGAAGAAGAUGGCGAUGGGGCGGAUGUGAGUUCCUGGAAGAUUCGCAUUCUAGUAUGCCUCUCUGGCGAGCAGGGCUCAGCAAUUACGGAAACAAAGCUUCAGCUGUGGAAGAACGCACUCAGACGCGGUACUGGUAAAGAUGGUUCCAACAUACAAGAAGAAGAAGAGCAGCAGGAGCUGCCAGCCUCCCCUUUCUACAACGCUGCUAUCCUCGAAGAUUUGUAUGCCAGUCGAGUGUUGCAACUGCAGCACCAAGCGAUGGAGCGACAGGAAGCUUUAAGACCAGCGAUUUUGCUCCUGAAAAGAUGGGCAGCGUGUAGGUUCUUAGAAGCCUCAUUGAAUUGCCCACUCUCCCUGUUAGCCUGCUACGUUGCGGGAACAACCCCGUCCGCGAGGGACCCUAUGCAAUUGUUCAAAGCGACAUUGAAUUUUGUGGUGAGAGGAUAUGGGCAUUUGUUCGACAGCACCGCUGUUGCAGAUAGUGUAUCAGCGAUCACAAAGUACCAUUUUGAAGGAUCAGGGGGAUGCUUGCAGCAAAUAUACAGCAAAACGAAUAACGGUGCUAAAAGUAAAGCUUCUUCCAGCCUUGAUGGAGAAAAUAACGAUGAAGAAGAGGAACCAGUUACAUCAUCCACUACCACUUCCACAUCAAAAGCCACUAUCAAAGAGACAGAAACGGAGAAGGGGAUGCGCUCAGUUCAUGUGGAGCCACUCAACCUGUUCGUUGGUGAACUCAAUGUUUUCCAGAAAUUUGCUGCCGCGACCCUAGAGGAACUUGCUUGGGAAGCCAAACUUACCUUGAAGAUUCUAGACACAGAACAUCAGGGCGUCUUUGACCAGGUUUUUGGGUCUUUUCAACAUCCAGACCUUCACUGGGAUCAAGCGGUUGAGAUAGAUCUGAGCACCAAAGGAGUGGAACAAGCGGCGUUCUGCAGUCUCUGGUCCGAUGGUAAGGGACCACGACCAUCCUCAUACUUCGAUCAAGUAGAAAUGAGAGAUGAAGAACAAGAAGACCACUUGGCCGCAUGCUACAAUAACAUGAAGACCCCUACGAUAACUACGCUGAGCAACAAAAAGUUGAACAAGAAGCGAAAGCAAGCGGCACAAGUAGCCGAGGAGGAGAAGAGAGCAGCAAAGAAACAAAGGAUGAACGAUGCGUCCGUGAGCAGUUGUAGUUCUGCCAUGAAGUUUUCGCAACAUGCAUCGUCUUCCUAUUUCCGCAUCGUUGAGAAGGACUCUCCAGCAACUGACGCUCCAUGGUCCGUCGUAGCCGU